AGACACAAGUCCCAAAUCAGUAAGUGAAAUGUGUCAUUCUCAGGAGAGAGAAAAAAAAAAAAGGAAGAUCGAAAACCAAGAAAAGCAUUGUGACUCAGUAUACAAUCUCAGUUGGAGAUGGAAAAUCGGAGCGCAGUUGCUAAUUCUAAGGAUAUCAAUGAGAGUGCCACAUCCUCACAGAUACAUACAUUACCGGAUGGACCGACUGUUGAGGUGAUGGUGAAGGGAAAAGCGGACAGAAAAGUAGCUUCUCCAGGAAAACAGAUCAAAAUUCAUUUCAUCGCCAAAUUAAGAGAUACAGGAUGCACUGUUGGCUCAACCAUUGGUGCAGCUCCUCAUCAAUUUUGUCUAGGUCUCUCUCUCUCUACUCUCGAACACAAUCACUGCUCUGUUUCGAAAAAGUGUUAAAGGGAUUGAGCAUUGGCAUUGAAGGAGAGGAUAAUCUUGUCAUUACGGUUUAUGGUGCAACUAUUCUUUCCUCUAAGGAUGUGGGAGCCAUUCAGUCUCAGGUGAAGAGAAUGCUGAGACUCUCUGAUAAGGAUGAACAAGAUGUCACAUAUUUUCAUAAGCUUCAUCCACAUGCUGAGGCCAAAGGAUUUGGUCGGUUGUUUCGAUCACCAACCUUAUUUGAAGAUGUGGCCAAGUCUCUUCUUCUUCGCUUUUGCCCGUGGAAGACAUCUUUGGAUCGGGCAAAGGCUCUUUGUGAUGUACAACUGAAAAAAGUCAGAAUGUCGAAAAGAAAGAGAGCAAAUAUUGGAGACUUCCCGAGCCCGAGAGAAUUAGCAAGUUUUAGAGAGGAAGAGCUAAAGAAAUUUGGAUAUAGAGCAGGGGACUUGAUUAAGUUGGCUAAACAAGUUGAUGGAAAAAUUAAGUUUGAUAGUGCUGAUGAAGGGUACUACUCUAAGUUGAAGAUAAAUGGUGCUGGUCCUUUUACCACUAAUACUAUCAUGAUGUGUAUUGGACACUAUCAUAAUAUUCCAAUUGAUACUGAAACGUUGCGUCACAUAAAAGAGUUUCAUGGACUUAAUAUGAGAAAGCGUAAAAAGGGACCAAUUAGUGUGGAAACAAAAGCGAAAAUACAAGAAUUCUACAAGAUUUAUCAUCCAUUUGAGUCUUUGGCUUACUGGUUUGAACUUGCCAACUCUUAUGAAAUAAAACUUGGCAAGACAUUAGGUGAGUUAUUACCAUCAGAAUAUCAUCAUGCCACCGGAAGCAAGAAAUGUUAAGAUGAGAUGUGAUGUGAUGUGAUGUGUGAUGGAUAGGAUAUUGGAUUGAAAGAAAGAAAAAACUUCCCUUUCUUUCUCUUCUUUAUUUUGGUUUUAUCCCUCCGACGAAUUUCGACUAUGACCAAUGGAUGUUAACUAAUAUUAGAUUUUGAAAUUGAUGAUCAUGUAUAUAUAGGUUUGAUUAACAACUUUCGUUUUGUUUUUGUUUUUGUUUUUGUGCGGACUUCACUGUAUCACAUGAUUUCAACUUGAAUCCAUGUUUCUGUCUGUUUGAAAGACUUACAACAGAAUUUUUGCUUAUUGAUCAAUAGAAAAAAAAAGGGGUCUGGUUUGGCGCCCCAUAU